GGAGAGGGGGCAGGGGUGAGCUUGAGUUUGAGCGCCGUGUCUGACCGACCGCCCGCCCCGCGUUUCGCGCAAGCGCAGCAAGGUCCGCGUCGCACGCUGAUGCGCAAACAGACUGUUAGUGACCUCGCGGGGAGGUGUGGUCCACAGGAGGGGCACGGUCCUCACAAUCCGUGGUGAGGGCGGGAUCUCGGCGAGCAGUAGAGAGACCCGGCCCAAUGGAAAAGCUGGUCUAGGGCACCCGCAGCCCCACAGAACAGCGUUAGGGGCGAAGUCUCCCCGACCAUGACCUCCACUGGCCAGGAUUCCACCACAACCAAGCAGCGGAGUAGGCACAACCCCCACUCGACCCCCCACGACUCCAACGUCACCUCGAAGCGAGGUACUAAGAAGGGUGCCACGCUCCACUCCAGCCCCAAACUAGCAGAAGUUAAGAAGAAAGGCAGAAUGAAGAAGCUCAGCCAGGCAACAGGGCAAGACCUAAUCGUGGGGCUGCAAGGGCUGGAUCUGAACGUUGAGGCCAAGACACUGUCUGGUACUGGCUUGGUGUUAGAUGAGCAGCUCAAUGAAUUCCACUGCCUCUGGGAUGACAGCUUCCCUGAAGGCCCCGAGCGGCUCCAUGCCAUCAAGGAACAACUGAUCCAGGAGGGCCUCCUGGACCGCUGUGUGUCCUUUCAGGCCCGGUUUGCUGAAAAGGAGGAGCUGAUGUUGGUUCACAGCCUAGAAUACAUUGAUCUGAUGGAGACAACCCAAUACAUGAAUGAGGGAGAACUCCGUAUCCUAGCAGACACCUAUGACUCAGUUUAUCUGCAUCCGAACUCAUACACCUGCGCCUGCCUGGCUUCAGGCUCCGUCCUCAGGCUGGUGGAUGCAGUCCUGGGGGCAGAGAUCCGGAAUGGCAUGGCCAUCAUCAGGCCUCCUGGACACCACGCCCAACACAGUCUCAUGGACGGGUAUUGCAUGUUCAACCAUGUGGCCGUGGCUGCCCGCUACGCUCAACAGAAGCAUGGCAUUCAGAGGGUCCUUAUCGUGGAUUGGGAUGUACACCACGGUCAGGGAACACAGUUCACCUUUGACCAAGACCCCAGCGUGCUCUAUUUCUCCAUCCACCGCUACGAGCAGGGUCGGUUCUGGCCCCACCUGAAGGCCUCUAACUGGUCCACCACAGGUUUUGGCCAGGGACAGGGAUACACCAUCAAUGUGCCUUGGAACCAGGUGGGGAUGCGAGAUGCCGACUACAUCGCUGCUUUCCUGCAAGUCCUACUGCCAGUCGCCCUUGAGUUCCACCCCCAGCUGGUCCUGGUGGCUGCUGGAUUUGAUGCCCUUCAAGGGGACCCCAAGGGUGAGAUGGCUGCCACUCCGGCAGGGUUUGCCCAGCUAACCCAUCUGCUCAUGGGUCUGGCAGGAGGCAGACUGAUCCUGUCUCUGGAGGGUGGCUACAACCUCCGCUCCCUGGCUGAGGGCGUCAGUGCCUCACUUCACACCCUCCUGGGAGACCCUUGCCCCAUGCUGGAGUCCCCUGGUGCCCCCUGCCCAAGUGCCCAGUCUUCACUGUCCUGCGCUCUGGAAGCCCUGGAGCCCUUCUGGGAAGUCCUUGUGAGAUCAGGUGAGACCCGGGAGGAGGACAACGUGGAGAGGGACAAUGCAGAAGAGGAGGAAGAGGAGGAGGAGGAACCAUGGCAGCCCCCUGAGCUCCCAAUCCUGACGUGGCCAGUGCUGCAGGCUCGCACAGGGCUGGUCUACGACCAACAGAUGAUGGGUCACUACAACUUGUGGGAUAACCACCACCCCGAGAUGCCCCAGCGCAUCUCACAGAUCAUGUGCCGUCUGGAGGAGCUGGGCCUUUCUAGGCGCUGCCUCAUCCUGCCUGCACGUCCUGCCACAGACGCUGAGCUGCUCACCUGCCACAGUGCUGAGUAUGUGGGUCGUCUGCGGGCCACAGAGAAGAUGAAACCCCGGGAGCUGCACCGCGAGGGUGCCAACUUUGACUCCAUCUACAUAUGCCCCAGCACCUUCGCCUGUGCGAAGCUGGCUGCCGGCUCCACAUGCUGCCUUGUGGAGGCUGUGCUGGCAGGAGAGGUUUUGAAUGGUGUUGCUGUGGUGCGUCCUCCGGGACACCAUGCAGAACAGGAUGCUGCCUGUGGUUUCUGCUUUUUCAACUCUGUAGCUGUGGCUGCUCGCCAUGCCCAGGUCAUCAGUGGGCAUGCUCUGCGGAUUUUGAUCGUGGAUUGGGACGUCCAUCACGGUAAUGGAACUCAGCAUAUAUUUGAGGAGGAUCCCAGCAUACUCUACAUUUCCCUGCACCGCUAUGAUCAUGGCACCUUCUUUCCCAUGGGGGAUGAGGGUGCCAGCAACCAGGUGGGCUGGGCCGCGGGCAUGGGCUUCACUGUCAAUGUGGCCUGGAAUGGGCCCCGCAUGGGUGACGCUGAGUACCUGGCUGCUUGGCAUCGUGUGGUGCUUCCCAUUGCCUACGAGUUUAAUCCAGAACUGGUGCUAGUCUCAGCUGGCUUUGAUGCAGCACGGGGGGACCCGUUGGGGGGCUGCCAGGUAUCACCUGAGGGCUAUGCCCAUCUCACCCACCUGCUGAUGGGCCUUGCCAGUGGCCGCAUUAUCCUAAUCCUAGAGGGUGGCUAUAACCUGACAUCCAUCUCAGAGUCCAUGGCUGCCUGCACCCGUACCCUCCUUGGGGACCCGCCACCCCUGCUGACCCUGCCACGGCCCCCACUAUCCGGGGCCCUGGCCUCGAUUGCUAAGACCAUCCAAAUCCAUCGCAAAUACUGGCGCAGCUUACGGGUCACAAAAUUCGAAGACAAGGAGGGACCCUCCAGUUCUAAGUUGACCAAGGAGGCACCCCAACCAGCAAAUCCUGAGUCAGCUGAGAGGCUGACCACACUAGAAGGGAACAUUCUGGAUGCAAGCACAGAAAAGGACACCUCAGCAUCAUCUGUUCAAGAGUCUACUCCAGCCCAGACUAAGUCACAGACGGAUGUGGUAGAGCGCACUCAGGACCAGCCCUCAGAGGCAGCCAAGGGGGAACCCAUGCUGGACAAGACCACCUCAGAGGCAGCCACGCCAGACCAGACCACCUCAGAGGCAGCCAUGCUGGGCCAGACCACCUCAGAGGAGGCUGCGGAAAUUGCCAAGCUGAUCCAAACCCCUCCAGCCUCACCUGUGCAAGGAGCCACAGCCCAGAUAUCCCUAAGUAAGCUGAUUGGGAAUCUCAGGACCUUGGAACUAGACAACAAGGCUCAGGAGGCCCCAGAGUCUCAGAUCCCAGAAGAGGAGAGGCUACUUGGAGAAGCAGCUGGAGGUCAGGACGUGGAUAAUUCAGUGCUGAUGCAGGCCUUUGGGAACACUGACCAGGUCAUGUUUUAUGCUGUGACACCACUGCCUUGGUGUCCCCAUUUGGUGGCAGUAUGCCCCAUUCCUGAAGCAGGCCUGGACGUGACCCAGCCUUGCCAGGACUGUGGAGCACUCCAGGAGAACUGGGUGUGUCUGUCUUGCUAUGAGGUCUACUGUGGUCGUUACAUCAGUGCCCAUAUGCUACAGCACUACGAAGUCUCAGGACACCCAAUGGUCCUCAGCUAUGUCGACCUUUCUACCUGGUGUUACCAAUGUCAGGCCUAUGUCCACCAUCAGGCUCUCCUAGAUGUGAAGAACGUCGCCCACCAAAACAAGUUUGGGGAGGACAUGCCCCACUCACACUAACUCCCAGAACAUGCUUCUCCUCUCAUCUUGAGACCCAAGAUAGACCAGCCUUAGUUCAUUCCAACCUGUACCUUGGAUGAGGGGCAGCCUCUAUCCCAUUCUGAAAACCCUUUACAACUCACUAAUGGAUAUGAUUUAACUGUAAAUACCUGUAAGAGGACUGUGAUGGUGACUUGUUGAUCUGCCCCUGCCCACUGCCUGCUCUAGGGACUCUAUCUACUCUGCCCUAGAAGGAAAGCGGAACCAGCUCAGUGGCCCCAAGAGAGGGGCUGAUAUCAAGAAGGUGAUACUGUGGAGGGAGGGGGGAUCAACUGGCAGGUAUGGCAGGAUUACAUAUGUAAUAAAGUACAAACUAUUACAAAACCUGGA